UAGUACUCCAUAACCAUAACUAGUAACUCUUAUCUUCACUUCCAUCUAUCACUAUCAAAACCUUUUUCCACUCUCUCCAAUACAUGGAUAUCUUUACUACAAACAGCUCUUCUUCUACCUCUGACACUUCAUUGCAGAAUUCAGAUGGCUAUUAUUGGACAUCAAUUUCCAACGAUGAGGUUCGUUUAGCUGCAACUACCCCGAAGAAGCGCGCAGGGAGAAAGAAGUUCAAGGAGACUCGCCAUCCGGUGUAUAGGGGUGUGAGGAGAAGAAACAAUAAUAAAUGGGUGUGUGAAAUGAGGGAGCCUAACAAGAAGACUAAGAUUUGGUUAGGCACGUUUCCAACCGUCGAAAUGGCUGCCCGAGCACACGAUGUUGCUGCUAUGGCAUUAAGGGGCCGAUUUGCUUGUCUCAAUUUUGCAGACUCAACAUGGCGGCUCCCUAAACCUGCUAGUACUCAAGCAAAAGAUAUACAAAAGGCGGCUACGGAAGCUGCUGAGGCUUUCAGACCAAACAAAACUUUAAAGACUAAUAAUAUUGACAAGACUUUAACAGUUGAUGACAUUGACACGGUGGUAGUUGCGGCCGCCAUAGUAGAGCAGAAUAUGUUUUCUAUGGAAGUGGAAGAAGAGGGAGAGAUGAACACAGCAGAAAUGUGGAGGAAUAUGGCAAUAAUGUCCCCAACACAUAGUUUUGGAUAUCAUGAAGAGUAUCAAUACAUUGAUGAACAAGACUAUCAAGAUCAAGAGAUAUCACUAUGGACUUUUUAAAAUUG